AUGGUACAAAUGACAGAUAAUUUUACGGCUAUGUUAUUUGAUUUACUUGACAGGUUACCGGAACAACAAAGGCUAACAACUGUCAUGACUCUCUGGAGUUUGUGGAAGAGCCGCAAUCUAAAGUUAUGGGAAUCUACUGAUACUACCGCUGUUGCCAUCGUAUCUCGUGCAUGUGAUGUUCACCGCGAGUGGAGCUGCAUGCAAAAGGUGAAAUUCACUCAGCCUAACUCGGACAUCAACUUCUCAUGGACGAAACCUCUAAAUGGUACGAUCAAGUGCAAUGUGGAUGCCGCUGUUUUCAACAACAAUUCCAUGGUAGGGUAUGGUAUGUGCUUUCGAGAUUCAUUGGGGCAGCUUUUACUUGAAAAAUCAGAUUACAUGCAAAAUUCUGCUACUAUUCUUAAGGUGGAAACCAUUGGGCUGCUAGAAGCUAUGGAGAUGGCAAUCUCCAAUGGCAUGCAUAAUGUUAUAUUUGAAACUGACAGUAGAUCCAUGGAGAAUGCACUCUACUCUACUACCACUCCCCUCAAUGAAUUUGGAGACCUUUUGUGA